UGAGAAAACGUCAUAGUCUGGUCUCUUCUCUGCUGUCAAUGCAGCCUUUAUUUGCGAUUGCUAUCUCGGCCUUCGUAUGGUCUCGGCAAGGCAAAUUAGCCAUCGCUGUCAUGGUGUCGAUGGCGUUCGGCAUGAUUUUUUACUGCUUCAUCAUCGUCACUUCCUUAGAAUAUCAGCAGUGUCCUUUCCAAACUCCUAUGUCAACAAUCAUCCGCGUGCUCUAUGAGCGCAUAUACAUGAACGUCAAGACUUGGCAUGGAGAGGCAUCGCCUGAACCCGGAGAGGCCAAGGAGGCGCUCUCUGAGGUACCGUCGAUGAAGUGGAUAUUUAAAUCAUCCACGGAUCCGGAGGUAAUCAGUUCGGUCGCUCGGAUGGUGCCUUGCGUCCAAUGGACCUCCGAACUGCAACUCGAACUGCAACCUGAACUGCACAUCCGAACUAUAUGCUUGCGCUUGCUGAGCACAUUCAAAACGUGCUUUAAUGCUGGUGCCUGGAGCUCUUCGACACGCCGAAGAGCCCUCGCAUGCGGGAGAGCCUUGCAUCACCUAUUCUACGAGGCAAAUAUACAGAAAUAUAUUACCCCCAAUGUCAAGCACUUUGAUGGGGCGCCGUUGGAGAUGUGGUCCUACUGGCAAGACCUCAAUCUUCCUUGGGGGCUUGAGAAGUGCAAAGCAUCUUUUGACCAGUACGCCACGACUCCAUAUCAAUAUCACGAGGAUGAAGCACGUAAUGCCUUGCGCCUCGCUAUCAUGACUGGCUGCCCAGGAUUUUUGCAGCCAACCGAUCCUGCAUUGAUCUGGGAUGGAGUUUUCGACUGGGAGGACGACUCGCGUACUAAAGAAGACUUUGAUUGGCUCGUGGACUUCCUGGUACACUUCCAGAAGUUCACAACGAGGAACUUCGAUGCCAUGGGAGAUGCGUUGCUCGCAUUGAGUGCCAUGCAGGGUCUGGGGAGUGUCAGCAGACGGGACAAAUACCUCGACGCCGUCAUCUUCGCCAUGGAAGCGGGUAAACCAUCCCGGCUUCGUCACGCAGCCCUUCGAGCUGUAUUCGAUGCCCGUUUUGAACUAGUCGAGAUAGUUGACCAGGAGAAGGGAGAUUCAAGUUUUCGGGAAAGGUUAUUAAAGGAACUCGCGCCAGCUCUGUUCAUCACAACCAAACCUAUCGCGCCACAGCUAUCUGGCUCUGAUGAUCCGGAUGCUGUCUUUAAUCCGAAACGUGACGACUUCUAUCUACGACUAAUUCUCAUUCUGGCAAAGCAAAGGGAUUGGCGCGCUCAUUUAGUGCAAGCCGGCCACAUAGAGCGAUGCGCAUCUCUGCUAAGCCACGUCAUCGAGGACUCGAUGUCAUAUGUCAUAUCUGACACAUCUCAUUCUUACCAUCUUGCAGGUAUAUCGAUACAGAUGUUGGGGCAGGCUAAUCCGGCUGGCACUGCCGGCACUGCUCUGAACUCUGAACCUACGAACAAGGAAGGAUCCCGUCUCACUACAAACGUUGCAACUACACUUCCUGCAGCCCCAGAGACUCCUACUCUACCGGGCUUACUAGAUAGGAUAUCUGAGAAGGAAUGGUGGGAUCUGAUGAAAGGAGCAUGGAAGGCGAUGCGUUACAAUAACCUGCACCUUAUGCCAGAAGCAGUUGAGGUACUGCCUGGCAUCGUCACGUACACCAUCGGUCUCCUGCAAACACCCACUGCUCUAUAUGACACGCGGAGUCUCGUUCGAGUGGUGGAUCGUAUAUAUGAGGUGCUCGAUGAUGGUCAAGUGAAGUUGGAAGUGAAACGCCUACGGGAUGCGUUGUAACAUAAGGUAGCGUUCAUCACACGCAAGCUGGGUAUCAAUCAGGUUCAGACGAUGUGCAGUAUCACUUAGUUUCUCCUUAUGCAAACCAAACAGAAGAUAUAUCCUUUGUUG